CAAGGUCCAAAAUCGCCACGCUCAUAUAUAACGCGCUGUUGCAGUGAGAGCUUCCCGGUUAAAGUUAAUUUCCCUCUCUCGCGCUCUCUCAAAAGUUGAAGCACCGGCAGCGGAACCAACAAAGGAGGUGCAAGAAGUUAAGAUUUAGGAUUGAGAAAAUGAGUGGAGGUGGAGAGAAGGGGACAGGAACCACAAAAACUCCGGCAGAUUUCCUCAAGUCAAUUCGUGGGCGACCGGUUGUUGUCAAACUGAAUUCUGGUGUUGACUAUCGAGGUAUCCUUGCGUGUCUGGACGGGUAUAUGAAUAUAGCAAUGGAACAGACUGAAGAAUAUGUCAAUGGACAGCUGAAAAAUAAGUAUGGGGAUGCUUUUAUUCGUGGAAAUAAUGUUCUAUACAUUAGUACAACGAAGAGGAAUGUAGCGGACGGGGCUUAAUUGUGAUGUUAUGAAGCCAUGUAGAUCAUCUGCUGCCAUGCUUUAUGCGGUCAUAUUGUAAUGUAAGCUUACAUGGGAUCAUUCAUGAGAAGGAAAUAGAACUACUCGACUCGAUACAUUUUACAGCAUCUGUUUUGGUAACUGUUAUUUUUAUGUGAAUUCUUAAAAUUCUGAUGAUUCUAUAUAUCUCCUUCAACAAAGAUAACGGCGUUGCUUCA